AUGCCCACCACCCUCUCCACCCUUCAAUCCUCUCUUCCUCUUCCUCUACCAGUCCUCGCCAUCAUCGCCCUCUUCCUCCUCCGAUUCAUUUGGCGCAGAUUCGGCUCUGGCCUACGGGGUAUUCCCGGCCCAGCACUGGCGAAAUGCACGAGGCUCUGGAAACUGCACAGCGUCUGGAAGGGCGACCACCAUCUGACAGAGAUCAACUUGCAUCGACAGCACGGCCCGCUCGUGCGUAUUGGGCCACGACAUGUCUCUGUCGCAGAUCCAAAGGCUAUCCCCGUGAUUUACGGGCUGAAUAAGGGGUUCACGAAGACGGGCUUCUACCCCAUCCAAUGCAUAUCAUGGAACAAAAAGCCGCAGAUGAACUUGUUCUCAACGCGCGACGAGCAAUUUCACCGCGACCAGAAACGGCCCGUUGCAAAUGCAUACAGCAUGACUUCUCUACUCGAACUGGAACCAGCGGUCGACUCCUGCACGGCCAUAUUCCUUUCCCGGCUGCGCGACUUUGCGGGCAAGAAGAGACCUGUUGAUCUAGGAACCUGGCUGCAGUACUACGCCUUCGACGUCGUCGGCGAAUUCACUUUCGCAAAGAAGCUCGGGUUCCUAGAAGAAGGACGCGACGUGGACGACAUGAUGGCCGGGAUACAGGGGAUCCUGGCGUACGCGAGUUUGAUCGGGCAGGUUCCCGAGGCGCACAAGGUUCUGUUAGGGAACCCGCUGAUGCCGAUUUUAAUGCCGAGUAUGGAGAGCUGGAACCAGGUCCUGCAGUUUACGCUGAAGCAAGUGAACUCGCGGACGAGUUUAGCACGGGACGGGGAGCUCGAUAAAGGCGACCUGGAGGAGGGGAAGGAUAUGCUAAGCCGGUGGAUGGCGAUCCAUGUCGCUGAUCCAGAGAAGAUGAGCACCCGCGAUGUGAUUGUGCAUCUGUCGACCAACGUCUUUGCGGGCUCGGAUACAACGGCUAUUGCGCUGCGGGCGAUUAUGUAUUUCCUUCUGAAGAAUCCCGACAAGAUGGAAAAGGCUGUGGGGGAGAUCGAGGCCGCUGAUAGCGCGGGACGCUUGAGCAGCCCUAUCUCGUACAAAGAGUCGAUGACGCACUUGCCUUACCUGGGGGCCGCGAUCAAAGAGGCCAUGAGGCUUCAUCCGUCCGUGGGGUUGAUCCUGGAACGACAUGUGCCAGAGGGUGGAGUCACGGUCUGCGGGAGGUAUAUCCCUGCCGGAACGACCGUUGGCAUCAACGCUUGGGCUCUGCACCACGACGAGAAGGUGUUUCCGAGCCCCGGGGCAUUUAUGCCCGAACGGUGGCUGGAGAGCCCGCCUGCGAAAUUGAAGGAGAUGGAGCAGAGCUUCUUUGCCUUUGGUGCUGGGUCAAGGACUUGUGUGGGUAAGAAUAUCUCGCUCAUUGAGAUGCACAAGAUCAUCCCGCAGCUGCUGAGGGAUUUCACCUUCCGGUUGCAUAGACCAGGCGACGAGUGGAAGACAAAGAACGCUUGGUUUGUGCAGCAGGAGGGUCUUGUUGUUGAUCUUGAGAGGAGGAGGUGA